AUCCGCAUACAUUAUAGCGAGCUGAUGACGACAAGGGGACGAUCGAUUACCAACGCCAUUAUACCAAACAUCGGAACCGUAGACAGAAGCAGGAAUAAAAACAGGAGCAAAGAUCCACAAAAUCAUCGCGAAGGAAAUGGUUCCCCUUUUACUAGUCGCCAUCGUCGGUUUUGUGAAUGGCGCGUCCUACUCGGAUAUCCUCUCUGAGCUGAAUGGUCUGUAUGACCUUGACCCCGGUUACUAUGACGAUAACCUUGUUAGCAGGAGUUCCCCUGGAGACUGGGGUCUUUCCUACAGGGAUGCCACACUGAAUGACCCCGAACUGCUGGGAGAAGCUGCACUGAGGGACCAAGAGUACUUGGAACAGAGCCCUCUGUGGGGUUACCAGUCAAUGUCAGGUGGAACUGGAGGUGGCAAGGAAAAUCCCAAGGAAGUGAAGACAGACAAGGUUCUGCCAGCAUACUGCAAUCCUCCCAAUCCUUGUCCCAUUGGAUACACAGCCAAAGACAACUGCGUGGAGACGUUUUCCAAUACCCCCGGGAACAACCGGAAGUUGAUGAAGGAACAGGAUUGUCCGUGUGACUCCGAGCACAUGCUGAGUUGUCCCAACGAUAAAGGUCGUAUUAACACAGAGGACCAGAGCACAGACGACAUCAGUAACAUGUUACAGGGUAUCGACCUUGGCAACUCAGUAGAUGACAACCCCUACUUCGGAUCGACGGAAGACAGAAUCUCUCGUGUCGCUAAAAAGAGUCCCCAUAUGAUAAAGAAAAGGACGCCAGAGGAAUUCACCGGAGCCGCCCGUGCAGGGGGACCGACCAGGCUGGCCAAGAAAAGUGGAACCGAGUACGAAAAACAGCAGAUCUUUCAGGACCUCCUGGGCGAAUACUAGUCCGCUACAACAUCUGGAAUGGGAUAACGAUGUACAAAAGAGAAGAACAAAGCUAUUUAUUAAGAUAAAAUUCAUAACAAAAAGCAUAACAUGAACAUCAGUAAACUGACGAUUAAAGUUUAUAUAUUUUUUACGAAAUUCAUAAACUGUAAAUUAUAUUCUAUAACUCAAUCAUGACAUAUUCAUUAAAGAAAUUUUUAAAUUUGCAAAUUAAGUGAAAAUUCAUUUAUUCGAUUAUCCAUUUUGCUUAAUGAAUAUUUACAAUUCAUUCGGUAACUUUUCUGUAAACAAACUGAAGUACAUUUCUGAAAUAGUUUAGAUUUUGACAAUUCAUUUCGUUUUUGUCCUUUCAUGUUGUAAUGAUAUCGGGAAUAUUGAAAGGCCCAGCGAUAUUUUAAUAUCUUCGAAGAAAAAAAUCUGUCACGAUGAAGGGCUCAAAAAUAUUGGUUGAAGUUUGAAUUUUCGGCAAAAGAAAUCAAAAUCCCAGUUACUAUACCUGUCAAAAUAUUUGAUUCUAGAAAUAAAUUUCGAAAAAAACAUCGCAAGAUUAGAAAACCAUUGAAAUCUAUAUUAAAAUCUGGGCCAGUGUAACUGGAACAUGUACAUUCAGUGCCAUCUUGGGAGUUUAUUAGAUUAAGCCAGAAAAUGAGAAGAGACGGGCAUGUAAGAUUUGGUUGUGCUUUUGUCAGAGAGAAUGUGUAUGUUUUCGUUAAGUAUUGUUACAGAUGUAUUUGUUAUUUUAGAGAGAAACACUUAUCAGCUUAACACAUACAAUCCCGUAGAAAUUAACAAGAAACAACCGUUAGUGUUCUAUCUUAAAUUGACACGGUCUAUCUAUGGCGUGAUAAACCUAGCUAAGAAAUUAUUUCAAGAUAUUAUUUAUAUAUUUGCAAUUAAUAGUUUAAUUAAAUGUUAAAAUUACACAAUGCAUUUAUUAUGUUAGUUGAUUCUCAAAAUUUAUUGAUAAUUAAAUACCGACAGCAUUUGUAAACUUUGUCGAAAACUAGAAGUACAUGACCUGUUCUAUCAGUGUUGUUAGUAUGCAUUAAAAGUUGUUUUGUU